AUGCCCUCUAACGAUGGCUUACUAGCUGCUGCCCGGUCUUUCCGGGUUCUUGUCAUUGGCGGUUCCUAUGGCGGCCUCGCCGCGGCGCUAAAUCUCUGGGAUUUGUCCCGGGGUCGCCUGCCUCGUUUUAACUAUGCAUAUGACGGCCCUCCUCCCGCACACCGUAUUCCUAUUCAAACAACUAUCGUCGAUGAACGAGACGGCUAUUUUCAUCUCAUCGGUUCUCCCAAGGCUCUCGCCUGUGAGAAGAUGGCCUCGGAAUCCUGGACUCGAUUUCAAGAUAUCCCAGCCCUCAAAUCUCCCGGUUUCAAAUUCAUCCAGGGCAGUGUUAGUUCGGUAGAUUGUGCCGCGAAGGUUGCUCAUAUUUUAGAUGCCGAAACCAAGUUGACUCGGACGGAAUCCUAUGAUUACCUUAUUGUCGGAACAGGGUUGCGGCGAGUUUUUCCGACGGUACCACAGUCGUUGCACCGCGAUGACUUCCUCACAGAAGCCAAGCAGCACAUGGAGAAUGUACGGAAAGCCCACAAGGGUGUGGUCGUAGUGGGUGGUGGUGCGGUCGGAGUAGAGAUGGCAGCGGAGUUGAAAAUUCUCUACCCACAGCAGAAGAUCACGCUGAUUCAUUCACGCGAUCGACUCUUAUCAUCAGAACCAUUGCCCGAUGACUUCGCGGAACGAGUUGUUGCGAUUUUGCGCGAGGAAGGAGUGGAAGUGAUAUUGGGACAUCGUGUCGUUGACACUGUUGCAGAGGCCACUGAAGGAGAACAACAAACGUGGUGCCUGACGUUGGGAGAUGGGCGAAAACUGAGAACGGGCUACGUGCUAAACGCUAUCUCACGAAGCGCUCCCACGUCAAAUUAUUUGUCGCCAGAGGCUCUGGACGAGGAAGGCUAUGUCAAGAUCCACGCGUCACUGCAGUUCUCAGGUGACGUCCCCAACGCCGAGCAUCACUAUGCCGUUGGAGAUUUGGCUGCCUGGCCUGGCAUCAAGCGCUGUGGGGGUGCUAUGCAUAUGGGUCACUAUGCUGCUUUGAACAUUCAUCAGCAGAUGCUGACGGAGUGUGUUGGCGGUACGCCCGCCUUCAAAACCUUGAAUCCCUUCCCAUCAGUGAUCGGUCUGGCCCUGGGUAAGAAGGCAGUCAGCUAUACUCCAGACGAGGGCACUCGGCAUGGUGAGGAGCUGCUGGCCAGUUUAUUUGGAGAGGAUAUGGGAAAUACCAGUAAGAAUUACAGCAUCCUGAAUGGCGACCAUGUUUCGAUCACUGACUUUGAAAUUCAGACUGCCGGAACUAUAUGA